GUAGUGGGGCGCAUCCUUUCCUGCUUUCCCUUUGCCCUUCCCAAAGCCAAAGCCUUCUGUUGAGCCUUCGAACAGUGCAACGCCCAAUCCUGUGAAAACUUCAUUUUGGAGACUACGUUAUUUGUGAGCAGCAAACAUAUCUCGCACUACUCGAUGGCGACGCUUCGAACGGAGCCCUGCGACCGCGGCAUGUAUCGCUGUAGCUUGAGCUCGUCUAUUGUGUGAAUCCGACGUCUCUCGCCGAAUUCUGAAUCCAACAUCUCCGUAGGGUUUGAGUCAUGGGCAACAUACAGACAGUAGGACCCAAUGAGGCCUUGAUAGUGUCAGGUGGCUGCUGUGGCAAUGCCGGCAAGAAGAUGGUUGUCGGAGGCUGGGCGUGGGCAUGGUGGCUUGUGACAGAUGUUCAGAGGCUGUCACUGGAGGUGAUGACAUUGACACCACGGUGUGAACAUGUGGAAACGUCCCAGGGUGUACCGCUGACUGUGACAGGAGUUGCACAGUGCAAGGUGAUGACAGAGAAAGAGUUCCUCUCCACUGCAGCCGAACAGUUCCUGGGAAAGGAUGUCGACCACAUCAAGUCUGUUAUACUGCAGACACUCGAAGGGCACUUACGGGCCAUCCUCGGUACGUUGACAGUGGAGGAGGUCUAUCGAGACAGAGACCAAUUUGCAUCUCUGGUACGGGAGGUGGCUGCUCCCGACGUAGGACGCAUGGGAAUCGAAAUACUCAGUUUUACAAUCAAGGAUGUCUUCGAUCGUGUCGAAUACCUGACGUCACUUGGAAAAGCACGCACCGCCGCUGUGAAACGAGAUGCAGACAUUGGCGUGGCACAAGCGGAGCGGGAUGCCGGUAUAAGGGAGGCAGAGUGUGAGAAAUCUGCAAUGGAUGUUAAGUACAGUGCCAACACCAAAGUGGAAGACUCUCACCGUAUGUUCCAGCUCCAGAAGGCCAAUUUUGAUGGAGAAGUAAACGCGAGAAAAGCAGAAGCACAGCUCGCAUAUGAGCUACAGGCUGCAAAAAUGAAGCAGAAGAUCCGUAACGAAGAGAUCGAAAUUGAAGUCGUUGAACGGCGGAAACAGAUAGCAGUGGAAGAAAAGGAGAUCCUGCGGAAGGAGAAGGAGCUGACAUCAAAUGUUCGCUUACCGGCGGAGUCUGAAGCGUUUCGUCUAGAGAUGAUCGCACAAGGAAAGAGGACCCAAACUGUUGAAACAGCCAGAGCAGAGGCAGAGCGCAUAAAAAUGAUGGGCGCAGCAGAGGGUUAUGCCAUUGAAGCAGUUGGAAAAGCUGAUGCAGAACGCAUGCGUACCAAGGCUGCUGCUUACAAGCAGUUUGGAGAAGCCGCUAUCCUGAGUCUGGUGCUCGACACGCUUCCUAAGAUUGCGGCAGAAGUUGCUGCACCUCUGGCUCGUACGGAUGAAAUCAUUAUGCUUAGCGGAGAAGACAGGACAACGUCAGAGGUAACCAAGUUGGUGAGCCAGAUUCCUCCCACGGUGCAGGCGCUCACUGGUAUCGACCUCACCAAGAUGCUCACCAAGAUUCCUGGCACUGCAAAGUAACAAAAAAUCUCAGAGGACUUAGUUGUAUAGCUGAAGGGGGCCUUUGUCUGUGUGCGGUGUCCACGUAAGCAUAUGUCUGCUUAGUGUAUGGUGCGACAGGUCUAGACAUCAUCCAGAUCUGGUACCUUGCAUAUGCCAUAUUGAUUCGCAUAUAACCGGUGCCGUCAUUUCUCAAAGCUGAAUUGUUGCAGUUUUUUUUAACAAGUGGCAGCGUUCCACGAAUUUUAAAGUUCCACAAACUAUCACUCAUACGCACGUUGGGGAUGUUCCUUUCACACGAUCACAGGAUCAACAUUCUGUGCAGUGCUUUGAAGGCUUGCCACGCCAAGCCUAAAGUAUUGCUGCAUACUCAUUAAAAACAUUGUCCCGAUGCUCGACUUCUCACGCAAUGGGUGGACGCAUGGAACGCGUGUUUUAGUAACAGAUCCAGUUCCGCUGAGACCUUGUACACCCCUGAUGCGCAAGAAAUGCCAGGCACUUCCGCAUAAUUGUGCAAAAAAGCAUACCAAAACACUUUCAACUUUUGUUGCAAGACCUAAAUCAAGGCACCCAGUUACAUGUGAGUAGAUAUGGAACCAUGGUGGUAUAGAAGACUUUGCACAGAUGUGAAAAAUCCACUGUGAAAACUGCCAUAUAUACUGCUUGCACUUUGAAAUUGUCUGGAAAAUUUGAGCCAUUUAGUGCCUCCAAACCUACCCAAUGUUUUCUCUGCUAUCGCAUUUAUGGCCUCAGCCUUCAUGGAAGCACAUGGAGCUUUAGUAUUACCUAUUAUGAGGUCUGUGGACGUGCAUAGGUUUUUCAUGCGGCGCAAGCUGCCGUUCUGCUGUACACCCGAUACCUUCAUGUAACCGUUCCCCCUACCAAAUUGGAGAUAUGCAAAACUAAGACCUCGGGUGCGGUUUGAGGCGAUAGCAUUCUGACAGAAAAGAUGGAGUGUAUGGUCUCUGCACAAGUAGUGCUUUUAGAGUUUGAGAAGCUUUUGUAAUCGAUGUGCGUUUCGAGUAUACUAUAUAUUUUUGCAAUUUAUCCUACGAUGGCUUCUCAGACAAGCAUUGGCAUUAUGUUUACAGUAUUAAAGCACAUUUAAUUUUUU